AAAAUGUAAAACUCCACUUCUAUAUACAUAUGUUGUUAAUGUUCGUUAUAGCAAGAAAUUUAGCCUUGCAAAGAAGACAUAGCAGAGUUCAAGUUAACGAAGAUGAGGACAAUCUUUUACAAGCUAGUUAUCUUCUUGUUUCUCUUACUGAUCCAGCGUUUUGUAAAUUCGGAACAUACUGAAAAAGAUAUCUACUACAAUGGAUUUAAAAGCAAUUUUCUGAAGUUUGAUGGUGAAGCUCAAGCGGAUUCAGAUACCGGCCUCUUGCGGUUAACCAACAACAAAGGACCGAAUGAGCAAGGCCAUGCCUUCUUCAAACGUCCUUUUCAAUUUAAGAGUAACUUAUCCUUCUCCACUAGUUUUGUCUUUGCAAUAGCAUCUGAAAGUAGCCCGAGAGGUCAGGGAUUGGCUUUUGUUAUCGCACCUCAAAGAGAGCUACCAGGAGCUCUAGAAAACCAAUUCCUAGGCCUAUUCAACGCCACCAGCAAUGGAAAUUCCUCAAACCAUGUCUUUGCGGUGGAGCUAGAUAUCAUCUACAAUGUUGAGUUUGACGACGUUCCGGGUCCCCAUGUUGGAAUUGAUAUCAAUGGUCUAAGGUCUGUGAAUUCUACUGCCCCUGCGUAUUUCAUUGACGGGAAAUACAAGAAGCUAGAUAUUACUAGUGGGGAACCAAUACAGGUGUGGGUAGAGUAUGAUGGGGUAGACAAGGAAGUUCGUGUCACAUUGGCUCCAAUCGACGUAUCUAAACCAGAUGUUCCACUCCUGAUAUAUUUCAAAGAUCUCUCAACUAUAUUCUUAGAUUCCAUGUACGUUGGGUUUGCAGCCUCUACCCAAACUGUACCAACAUAUCAUUACAUAUUAGGGUGGAGUUUUCAGCUUGAUGGUACAGCUCAGGCGCUAAACCUUUCAAUCCUUCCUAAGCUUCCUCAGCCUCCUCCGCCUCCUGCAUCUCCUCCUCCUCCUCCUCCUUCUUCUAAGACCAAGCCGAAUAUGGUGAUAAUUGGUGCGGCAGUAGGUAGCUCACUUCUUAUUCUGGCAAUCCUAGCGAUCUUAGGCUUCUGUUAUUUGCGAAAACCGAAAAGAAACAACAUCCCAGCACGUCCACCAUCACCUCCACCAGUCGCGGGGCUUCGAAAGUUUAGAUAUAAUGAGUUGGAAGAGGCUACAAAUGCGUUUAAGGAACAAAUUGGAGAAGGGGCCUUUGGUACCGUCUUCCGAGGUGUAUUACCUAAUUCCGAAAUACAAGUUGCUGUCAAGAAAAUGUCUCGUGAUGCAAAAUAUGGAUCCAAGCAGUUUAUGGCGGAGAUCGAGAGUCUGGGUAAGCUUCGCCACCGGAACUUGGUACAUCUCCAUGGCUAUUGUGAACACGAGGGACAGCUACUAUUGGUCUAUGAUUUCAUGCCCAAUGGAGGUCUAGACAAGUUCCUGUAUCCAAAACGGAAUCCAUUAUAUUGCACGCUUAAUUGGAGUCAGAGAUUUCAAAUAAUAAAAGAUGUUGCUAAUGGAUUGUAUUAUUUGCAUAAAGGGUGGGAUCAAGUAGUUAUUCACAGAGACAUUAAAUCCAGUAAUGUCUUAUUGGAUGGUCAGAUGAAUGCAAGAUUGGGUGAUUUUGGCCUCGCGAAACUGUAUGAUCAUGGUGCAGAUAGUGCUCCAACUUCGAGAGUAGUUGGUACAAUGGGAUACAUUGCUCCAGAAAUGCAUUACGGAAUGCCAUCAACACAGACCGAUGUGUACGCAUUUGGUGCUUUCUUGCUUGAAGUUGCGUGCGGGAGAAGACCCAAUUUGGUGGCUGAGCGGGGUCUGCAUCUGGUUGAUUGGGUAUUAUCUUCUAUGAAAGAAAAUGUACUUCUCAGUACGGUUGACAAGAAGUUAGGAGGUGAAUAUUCAGAAGAAGAGAUGCUUUUGGUGUUAAAGCUUGGGUUACUAUGUUGCCGUUUUGAUCCCACUGCUAGGCCAACCGUCCAAAAAAUCCUCCAAUUUUUAAGUGGAGAUGCUUCCGAAGUCGAUGUACGUUCCCUUCACACCAAGGAUGAGGCACCUGUCCGCUAUGUAGGGGGAGGAAUUACAUCUCCUCUUUCUGGUACACACGUUGGAUCAACAUCAUCUGGCAAUGAACCAACUCCCUCUAGGCACUCUGGGUCACCAACUUCCGUCAACCAGGCAAGUCCGUCUGUGAUGCGGAAUGCAUUUACGCGUUAAGUUAGAGUGGGUGACAAUUUCUUCAUGUUGACCUUUCCAUUUCGAUUUUAAUAAGUUGUUGUUGGUGAUGGUGUUGUUGUUGAGUGUCAAUUAUGCAUUUCAUACAAGUUCGACUUUCAUUUUUGAAUUAAUUAAUUUGUACAUAUUAUUAUCAAUUCAAAUUUCCUCUAGGUUCCAUUUGAA